ACGAGCUUCUCAGGACGUGCUUUAUUCUUUGCUCAGAACACUUACAGACCGGAUCGACAUUCACGACCUUCAUCAUCGCUUCCUUGACUUCUCACCAUGGCUGCUACCCGUCGGACACGAGCUGUACCGGCACGCAACACGCUCACUGAUGAGAAUGCGCCUACCACUCGAUCACGUUCCGGGGUCAGCACCGUCGGUGCGAAACCUGGUGUCUCUACAGCAGGAAAUGUUCCGGUGAAACCGACCAUGAACAGGACGACAUCGACGGCAUCGACCGUCCUGGGGAGAAAGGCUGCGGUGUCGACGACGACAGGCAAGGUGGAAGGAAAGCAGGCUGCAGCGGGGACGAGUCGGGUGGUAGCAGGAUCAAAACAGGAAGGCGUGACGAGGAACCGAGCGGCAUUAGGUGAAUUGACAAACAAGGACGCUACCAAUGUGACGACUGCGAGUGACAAGCCUAAAGCGGGGGCGAGCAAGACGACCUCGGCCGUCACCGGUCGACCUAUCAUCGCACGGAGAGUGACCCGGAACAGUCUAGCCGCUGCUGACAAGCCUGCCGAGGCCGUCGCUGAGCCUACCGCUGGACCGAGCCGAUCGACCAUCACCUCGACCGCUCGAGCUCGACCUCUUGCCCGAACCCGUCCGUCUACCAAAAACGUCAAGGAGGAAGUGGCAGCGCCUACCGUCACCAAGCGUGAACCUCUGGCAGGCAAGGCCACCUCGUCCACCAUCAACAACGCUCGAGCCGGUAUCAAACGGACCUUGACGGCCACCACGGUCGUCCAGGCUCCUCCCCAACCCGCUCCUGUCCGUCUGGAACGACAACCCAGCGUGAAGCGGGAGAUUGAAGAGGAACAUGACGAUGAGAAACCGAUCCAACCGUCUUCCAAACGGAUCCGAACGUCGAGCCCGGUCAAGCGGGACGAUGCCGAGGUGGAACGCCUCGAACCCGAACACGAGCGCGCGAUAGCCGAGGUGGACGAGACUGCACAUGUGGAAGAUGUCAAACCCGCCGUUGUCGCUCGUGAAGCUGGGGUGGAUGCGUUGGAGGAUGAGCAGCCUUACGAGUUGGAAGAUGAUCCGAUCGGGAUGUCGGGCGGGAGGUUGGGUGAUAUAGUGCAAGAUAUCGAUGCCGAUGAUGCCGACGAUCCGACCAUGGUCGUCGAGUAUGUGCAGGAUAUUUUCAACUACAUGAAGGAGCUCGAGUACAGCUGCAUGCCCAACGUCGAGUACAUGGAUCAGCAACCUCAUCUCAAAUGGGAGAUGAGGGGUCUCCUCACCGACUGGCUGAUCGAGGUGCAUCACAAGUUCCGUCUCCUCCCCGAGACCCUCUUCCUCACCGUCAACCUCGUCGACCGAUUCCUCUCGGCCCGAGUCGUCUCGCUCGCCAAACUCCAACUCGUCGGUCUCACCUGUCUCUUCAUCGCGGCCAAGUACGAAGAGGUCAUCUGCCCGACCGUCUCCAACUUCUUGUUCAUGGCCGAUGGGGGUUAUACGGAUGAAGAGAUCCUCUCGGCCGAGAAAUACGUCUUGACCACGCUCGAAUUCGACCUGAGCUACCCCAACCCGAUGCACUUUUUGAGGAGGGUGUCCAAGGCCGAGGGGUACGAUAUCCAGACGAGGACGUUGGCCAAAUAUCUGAUGGAAAUGUCGUGCGUCGAUCAUCGGUUCUUGAGUUACCCCCCGAGUCUGCUCGCCGCUGCCGGUGUGUGGAUGGCUAGGCUCGUCUUGGAUCGUCCGGAAUGGGACGCCACCCUCACCCACUACUCGAGCUAUACCGAGGAAGAAAUCCUUCCCGUCGCUCAGCUCAUGCUCAACUACACCCUCGACCGAAACUUCCCUGCCAACGACUCGUUCUACCGCAAAUACUCGUCCCGAAAGUACAUGAAGGCCGCCGUCUUUGUGCGCGACUGGGCGGUGAGAUCGUGGCCCAGGCAGGCUGCGGGGGCGAAAAGGACGGGGAACGAAUUGGCACAGGUCAUCCUUGAACGCGAACGACUGCUGGCAGAGGGGGAUAUCGUAGCCCCAGACUAUUAAUCUCGCCCUCGGCGCCUCGACAUCAUCAUCUCGGAUCGAGGAACUCCCUUUCGAUACCGAUGCCGAACCCCCUUCAAUCCUUCUCACCAACAAUUAUGCGAGUCACACCCAUCAUCAUCGUCACGUCGGC